UGUGCCGUGCACGCGCUAACGCAGCUGUCCUGUCCUCGCGCACGGAGCCCCUAUACGUCAUUUUCAACGGCGCUGUCUCGCGCCAACCGGAGAAGGCAGCGUUGCGUUCUGGAAACACACGAGAGACGGUCGUAACGUUCUGUUGGAAAAGUCAGUGUAGAUUAGUACGACCUUUAGGCGAACGGCAAACGACUCGAGUUCAAACUAAACGCUUGCCCGCAAAGCGACGAGGAUUAGGGCUGUACUUUCUCCUCGUUGUUUUUAUCGGUUCUUGCUCGGAAAUAUCAAUAUUUGGUUAAAAAAAAAUACAGCCUAUGUAUUUUUGGGCUCUAAGUCUGAAAAAGACUUAGAACUUACGUGUUAUUUACGGAGCAAAGAAACGACAAGGAACCUAAUAGAGGUAACGGUGUUGUAAAAUGAAAGCCUUCUUAUGCAGAGCCGUUGACAAUAGUUGGGAUUUACUGGACUGAUACAGCCUACCUAUCUGGAAGGAAUCAAAGCCUAGCAUUGAACAAAUCUCGCUUCCGCAGAACGGAUAAAAAAAAACCUUUGGAAGAUGCUGCCUUCUGGCUGCAGUCGGGCUAUUGGGGAGGUAUAGCCCCUUUCCUGGACCGUGAGGAGGGAUCUCUGAGUACAGAAAGACCACUCAUCUCUCAUUGCAUAUUAUUUCCCCUCCUCUUCGCAGUCGGUUUCCUAGGGGGGUGGUCUUGCAGUCGACGAGUGAAGCAGAGUUUAUUGAGGAGUAUAGCUGCAUCGGAGGGGAAAAAACGAAUGCAAGGCUACACACACACAUAUACACACAUACAAAGACACGCACACACACACACACACACACCAGCUGGCGAUCGGUUCCCUCGCGGAUGGCGUGAAUGCAGGAAAAAAAAAACUGCCUGGACUAACGUCAACUCGCCCGAGGAACUAAUUGUUGAAACUUGUUGAUGCGUCGACAUGCUGUGGUUUUGCUCGUAGCGCGGGGCUGCAGUGAGAAAAUACAUGGGCGGUGGAUUUCGAUUAUUCCUAAACAUAUAGGGUUCCUCGUUGAACGCUGCGCGAAAACCGCCGAAAAAAAAUCCCCCGUCUUUAAGAUGCGAUUCGUCUCCGAGCCAUAGCACUGUGAUAUCCGAGCGGGCUUGUUUUUGAGCACUGGGUCAGCAUGGCAGGAGGUGUAGCGGCAUGGCUCCCGUUCGCCCGCGCGGCGGCCAUAGGGUGGAUGCCCGUGGCGAGCGCGCCGAUGCCGAUCCCCCCGAAGGACAAGAGGAAGUCACAGGAGGGACUGAUCAUCCUCAACGUGAGCGGGACAAAGUUUCAGACGUGGAAAAACACCUUGGAACGCUACCCGGACACUCUGCUGGGGAGCACGGAGAGGGACUUCUUCUUCCACGAGGAGACGAACGAAUACUUUUUCGAUCGUGACCCUGAUAUUUUCAGGCACAUCCUCAACUUCUACCGCACGGGGAAACUACACUAUCCGCGGCAAGAAUGCAUCUCCGCGUACGACGAGGAGCUGGCGUUCUUUGGCAUCAUCCCCGAGAUCAUCGGGGACUGUUGUUACGAGGAGUACAAGGACCGGAGGCGCGAGAACGCGGAGAGGCUCCAGGACGACGAGGAGAUGGACCAGAGUAACGACACCACCCCCGUCAACCUAACCCCGCGCGAGUACCUUUGGCGGGCUUUUGAAAACCCCCACACGAGCACGCUGGCUCUGGUCUUUUACUACGUCACGGGCUUCUUCAUCGCCAUCUCGGUGAUGGCCAACGUGGUGGAGACGGUCCCGUGCGGGUUGAUGCCCAACCGCUCCAAGGAGCUCUCGUGCGGCGACCGUUACGCGCUGGCCUUUUUCUGUCUGGACACCGCGUGCGUCAUGAUCUUCACCUUCGAGUAUCUCCUGCGUUUGGUAGCGGCGCCGUGCCGCUUCAAGUUCAUGAAGAGCGUGAUGAGCGUCAUCGACGUGGUCGCCAUCAUGCCUUACUACAUCGGCCUGGUCAUGACGGACAACGACCAGGUCAGCGGCGCGUUCGUCACCCUCAGGGUCUUCCGGGUGUUUCGGAUUUUCAAAUUCUCCCGCCACUCGGCGGGGCUGCGCAUCCUGGGCUACACGCUGAAGAGCUGCGCCUCGGAGCUGGGCUUCCUUCUCUUCUCCCUCACCAUGGCCAUCAUCAUCUUCGCCACGGUCAUGUUUUACGCGGAGAAGGGCUCCACCGCCAGCAAGUUCACCAGCAUCCCCGCCGCGUUCUGGUACACCAUUGUCACCAUGACAACACUCGGGUACGGGGACAUGGUGCCCAAGACCAUAGUGGGGAAGGUGUUCGGCUCCAUCUGCUCUCUGAGUGGGGUACUGGUCAUCGCCUUGCCUGUUCCCGUUAUCGUGUCAAACUUCAGUCGCAUCUAUCACCAGAGCCAGCGGGCGGAGAAACGAAGAGCCCAACGGAAAUCGCGGGUUGCUAAAAUCCGUGCGGCGAAGAUUCGAGGCACUAACGCCUAUAUGCGCUACAAACACAGUGGAGUAUUGGACUCCGUGGAGGAGGCCUCCAAAGAGGCAGGGAAGCUCCUGGUGAGUAAGGCAACCAGUCCUCCGUUUGAGAGUCAACACCAUCACCUCCUGCACUGCCUGGAGAAGACCACGAACCAUGAGUUCGUGGACGAGCAGACCUUCCAGACCAACUGCAUGGAGAUCUCCAUGAUGAACAAGGCUGGCUCCCGGUCGUCCUCGCUGGCCUCGUCCCCCCGCCUCUCCUCCUGCUGCUCCAGACGCCACCGCAAGAAGAGCAGCUUCAGCCUGCCGGGCUCCAACAACCAGGAGCUCAGCACCAUCCAGAUCAGAGAGAGGCCCGUCGUCAACAGCCGCUCCAGCCUGAACGCCAGACUCAACGACGACGGCGGCAUGACGCUGAAGUGCGACGCGUCCUACAUCACCCCGUCCAUGGUGACGCUGUCCCCGCCCGCCGUGACCUCGUCGGGCGGGGGCGACGCCCCCACCGGCUCCAUCACCUACUCUCAGAGCAACAUUGUUCGAGUAUCUGCCUUGUAGAUGUCACGCCCUCCC